UUGUAGAACAACGAACCUACCAGAUGCUUGCACGUUAAAUAGAAGUGUCACGAGGAACAAUAGUGUUCUCCAUCAAAUUAAUAUUCUUUCAAAUAUUCUAUAAAAGAUGAUAUAAAUAUAAAAUAAAUAUACUACCAGUCUAACACAGUUUAUGCUAUCAUAAAUAAGAACUUUAUGGUAAACUAUAUAAUAUGAUCACGUCAGAAUUCGCAGUGAAUCCUAGAGUCUUUAUGUAGAGCAGUACAAGGCAAGCAGUGCUGCUGGCUCUAGUUUGGAAACCACUGCUCAACGGCGGUGAGGGUAGUGGGAGGCGCCCGAACAAGUUCAGCGCGGGUAUCGAUUCAGUCUCGCUGAAACCACCCCCGUUGUCGAGCCAUUGCCUCGUCGUAUACCCAGUGCUCCGUUCACGUUUUAGUUCACUUCUUGGACAGAAAUGCUCUCCUUACGAGUCAAUAAAUAUACAGUGGCUUAUUGCAAAUAUAAUAAAUAAAAAUGUAUAAAAUAUAUCUAUAAAAUAUUAUUUGGUGAAUCUUCUUCACAUCGAUCCUGAAAACGACUCUACGAGAUGUUCGAACGUUCCUGAGAACGCCGCUAGCUUUCGCGGUAUUGAUUUGCUUUGUAAGGUGAUUUUUAAACAGCCGCACAUCACACUCCAUUGCUCGCUCUUCAAUAUAUUGUGGAAUAAGUGUUCCUCGCAGAAGAGUAUCACUACGUGCUGCUUCAUAUAUCACUACAAGAAUUUUUCAAAUUAAUAACAGCUCUUGACAUAUACAUCACAUGCCAGAGAAACAGAGAGAUAAUAUAUAAUUCAAUGGGAAUAAAUUGUCAGGAUAUUUUGUCCAUAAUCUCUUGUUCGUCACCAUUUGAAAUCGUGUUUCACGUUCUUGAUAUAUAUAAUCCGGUGUUGAAUAAUUUAUCAUCGCUGGAUAAUUAGUCUUUAGAUAUAUGAAAAGAUCCUUUCUGGUUAAAUUCAUAUCUGAAGGAUAUAAAUGUAUAUCUGGAACUGAGAAGGUGCAUCCGACACCGUAAAAAUAAAAUAUGUCGAAAUUAAAUAACAAGCAUACAAAUGUCAGCUCUUCUUGACUACAAGUCGACCUAGUCGGAAGGGAACGAUUUAAAUAAAAAGUGGACCUUGAGAAAUGUCUUCGAUAUCCGCCCAAGGAGUCGUUGAGAGAGCCAGUGCAGAAUUGACGAAAAGGAUCAACGUUUUGGGAUUUCGCGGAUCCUCGAAGCAUCAUGCCCUCUAUAAAUGUAUUCUACAACGUGCAUUUCACCUAUAUUGACAAUCACUGGAAUUGUAACUGCAGUGGGAUCAAUAUAAUAUCGUUCGAUACUUGACUGAAUUAUAGAGACAGAACAGCACAUUGUUUAUCAAAGUAUUCUUCUCACGUUGUCAGUACCGAAGGAUAAACUUGAAAAACUCGUCCUUGUAUUAGAGAAUUAUGUGACUACUUAUGUGCCUGUUUGAGAGGCUUUGAAUCAGAUCCAGGCACAGGUCGAAAUUGGACGCAUGCCAGAAACUAUCCAUCCAGGAUAAAAUCAAGAAUAAGAAAAUAAAUUUUCCUUUUGGAAAUCAAUUAACAGUUUAUACUUUGAGUUUACUCAUUGUGCAUACUUAUUCUAGGAUAUUAAUGCUACGUAUUGUAUAUUUUUUCUACAAUCUUAGAAUAUCCCCAAUAUUAUUGUGACUCUUCUUUUUCUUCACGUAGGCGGCGGAAAGACGAGCGUUAUGGAACGAGUUACAAAUGUCUUUUGCGGAGGAGGAGGUGGCGCAAAUACAAAUCUGCAAAGUUCAAAUGCGAAUGCUAUUCCCGAAAAGCCGAGCCGGAGUGUCCCAAUGCCAAGCAAUAAUCCAGCUGUGGGUAACAAUAAAGGAUUGAACAAUUGUACCAGCAAUAGAACCAGAAUAGGCAGGUCGAAUAGGUCAAAGAAUGUACCCUUAGCUAGUGGUGGUACCGGUGGAUACGUACCACCCUGUACCUGGGAUCAGCUUACACAGGAUGAUCAUUUCCUUGGAAGAUUCUUCCUGUUCUUUAAUGCUGGGGAGAGAAAAAUUCUUGCACAGGUUUGCUCAAGAUGGAGGGACGUUCUUUACGCUAGACCAAGACUAUGGGCCGGUCUUGUGCCAGUAGUCAGAUGCCGGGAAGCACGUGCAAUGGCUUCAAGUUCCAGGGCACGUCUUUAUGCCAGUCUAGUGAGAAGAGGUUUUCACUCUUUGGUACUACUUGGUGCUGCUGAUGAAGAUGCUCUUGAAUUGACACACAGCUUCCCAUUAGCGCAACGACACGUGCACUCCUUGUCGUUACGUUGCUGUGCUGUUACUGACAGAGGAUUGGAAGCAUUGCUUGAUCAUCUUCAGGCAUUGUUCGAGCUCGAGUUGGCAGGCUGUAAUGAGAUAACUGAAGCUGGUCUCUGGGCUUGUCUCACUCCCAGGAUAGUCUCGUUAUCCUUAUCCGACUGUAUUAACGUUGCUGAUGAAGCUGUUGGUGCUGUUGCUCAACUGUUACCCAGCCUCUAUGAAUUUUCGCUGCAAGCUUAUCACGUUACGGACGCAGCUCUUGGAUACUUCAGUCCUAAACAAAGCGGAUCCUUGAGCAUUCUUAGGCUGCAGAGCUGUUGGGAACUCACGAAUCAUGGAGUGGUCAAUAUAGUGCAUUCUUUGCCCAACUUGACAGUGCUUUCACUGUCUGGCUGUAGCAAAGUAACAGACGAUGGUGUCGAGUUGAUAGCAGAGAAUCUGCCAAGACUUCGCUCAUUGGAUCUGAGCUGGUGUCCCAGGAUAACAGAUGCAGCCUUGGAAUAUAUUGCCUGUGAUUUGAAUCAUUUGGAAGAGCUUACAUUGGACAGGUGCGUCCAUGUUACUGACAUCGGUGUAGGUUAUAUAUCCACAAUGGGUUCCCUAAGCGCUUUAUUCCUACGCUGGUGUUCGCAGCUGAGAGACUUUGGACUUCAGCAUCUAUGCGGAAUGAGAUCACUUCAAGUGCUUUCGGUAGCAGGUUGCCCAUUGUUAACAAGCAGUGGAUUAUCCAGCUUAAUACAAUUGCGUCAUCUACACGAGCUAGAAUUAACCAACUGUCCAGGAACAUCUCGUGAACUCUUUGAUUAUCUACGCGAACACCUACCAAGAUGCCUGAUCAUAGAGUGAAGUAUCAUCGUGUAAUAAAAUUCUGAGUGUUCUCUACGUUUUAUUAUAUCGACUACGUUCAAGAGAUUGGCGGCACUCGUUAUCAGAAGCUGCGCCUCUCGUAGUAUAUGGACCGAAACGAGAUGCUGCAGUCUUUAAGUAUUUUAAAGACUUCACGCUAAGCAAUAUGCAGGAAAGUGAGAGUUUAGCUAUAGAGGAAUCUGAACGAGAUUAUUACGAGUACAGAUGAAUAACAUGGGGUUACUCAACUGCCUUCUGCUGGUAUAAUUCGGUCAUAUAUAUCAUUUUAAUCACUCGGAGGAUCCUAUCGUUCUUAGUUGUGGUUGUCCGUACUGGUAUACAUAAGAUUACAGUCUAGAACAUUUUUUAAUACUGAUGCUGCAGGGGUGUAGCAGCCAUUGCUCUGUUUUUAAAAGCGAGACUUACAAUUUUGCUCAUUAUCACUGACCACAAUAUAACGUCGAACCGAAUUUCGUUUUUUAUGUUGAAAUCUCACGUCGCUACUAUUAUCUUAAAAAUUGUAUUAGUUAUGUUAAGUUAUGUUUCUACAGUUAAGACAAAAUAGAAGAGGCAUUGAAAGGCUUUAUGCGUUGCUUCUCCAAAGAUUCUGUAUAGUACAAGAAAUAAUGAUGGGAUAAGUUGAGUAAGAUGAUGAUCAAAAUGAUCUCCUGAUGCAUGUUGAAUUAUAAUGUAUUGAUUUUGUAGAUUUAAAGUGCGACGUGACGCACGACAGGACCGGCAGUUAUAACUGUGAUAAAUUUCUAUUGUAGUUUGUUUUGUUUCAUUUUCAUGGAUGAUAAAAGAGUUUAGAUCAUCGCAUUGCCAACUCUUACCUUUGGUCUGCUACUUAUAAUUAACGAAAGUUACCAGAGCUAGUCACGUUGCUUUAGACGAGCUACCUAGCGGGCACAAUGUUAAUAAAAACAUUCCAAAUCGUGUUAUACAAUACUCUACUUCUAGGAAUCUAUUCUCUAAGUCAGUGAUUCGAUAAAACGUGUCUUGUGAGAUGAAAUUUCAAAAGGAAAAGAAAAAGGAAGAAUGAAAGGUCAGGAGAUCUGCAUCAAUUCACUGUAACGCGUAGGAAUAACUUCACAUCCUACCUUCUUAGUGUUCUUUAAAUUUAAGAUUUUCUCCCUCGCUGAGUUUGAAAAUUUUUUUCAUUAGCUAACGACGUAUAGUAAUAUAUAUUCUUAAAAUAUUUUGUGUGAAUGAGAUUGUUGAUAAUUUUAAUUAAAUUAUUGUAAGUCCCACGGUCGUCAUUGACGUUAUGGAUGUAUCGAAAGGUAUAUAUAUGAUUAAUCAUUCAGACCCAUUCAUAAACAUCCUUCGCUAUUGACGAUACGUAAUUUUAUUCAACGCAUGUCAAGCCGCUGUUAGAACGUAGGGAAGUAUAAUUUUUACAAGUGAAUAUAUUUUCCGUCAACUUAUGUCUUUAAGAUGAAAUAAGCCGCGAGCGAGGACUUUGUAUAUAUUGUACAAAAAAAGUAUAAAUUCAAUUACUAAUCAAAAAUACAGACUCGACAUCGUUUCGAAUAAUUGCGUCACUUUAUUGUGGCUCUUUACUAAUAGGGUAACUAGUGUUAAGAAUAAAUAACUACAGAAGCCAGAACAAGAUACGAUAUACAGUCAAAUAAAAAUAUUGUCCAAAAUU